CUGCUCCCGUAUCCGUCAGACUCAUUCCGCCCGAAGCAUUUCACAGUUCACACCAUGGCCCGCCUGGUACUGGUAGCCACCGGCGUCCUCCUCCUCUCCCUCCUGGCCGUCGCCAGCUGCCGCGUCCUCGAGGCGGAGCCAGAGACCGUCGUCGCCAUCUCCGACGAGCAGCAGGGUCAGGCCGAUCCCGCCGUCCUACAGGAGACGGACGCUGCUGAAGCGAUUCAGAGUGUGCCGACCGUCACCGCGGCCGAGGCCAUUCUCCGGCUCCCCUCCCACCGCCGCGCAUGGUUCCUCCACCGUCACCUCCGGUCGGCGCGCCACCACGGCCUCUCCCACCGCCGCAGCGCGUUCGCCUGCCCCGGCGAGGCCCGCGUCGUCCCAGCCUCCUUGCUCGAGGAGCCCACGGAGGUGAAGCUGGAGGCUGUCGCGGAGCCUGACCCCGACUCGCGCCCAGAGAUCGACGGCGAGCAGAAGCUGUUCCAUGGCGAGGAGGAGGAGGUAGAGGAGAACGAGUCGGUGAAGGCGUGGAAGCGGGAGAUGCUGAGGAGGUUCCGCGACCACGGUCUGCGCUUCCACCACUGCCACCACCACCACGAGCAUGAUGGGGAGAAGGACGGCGGCGACCACCAGGAGCAGCAGAACAAGGAAAAGGGCCCGGGGGAUAUGCAGCUGCAGCACGUCAGGAUGUUCAGUGGCCUUUUCGACCUCCACCACGGCGACGUGGAGCAGGAGGAACAGGACAACGAGGAAGGCGUCCCCGUCGAGCUGGUCAGCCGCCACUUUCACCACCACCACGGUGACGAGGAGCCGGAGGAGACGGCGAGGAAGCACUUCUUCCACCACCACCACGAGAGCGACAACGAGGUUGACGAAGUAGAAGAACUGGCAUGGAAGCUGAGCAAGGCGAUCAUGAGGAGGAGUUUCAGGCGCGGCGGCAUGCGCCACCACCUGCACCACCACCACCGCGCCGAGGACGGCGGCGUGAAGAACUGGUUCAAGGGCCUCAUGAACAGGUUCUAGUCGGUCGUGCAUAUCGCCCCCGGCGGCUGGUGGAUGUGGCCGUUUGAUUACCUUGGUUAAUUAUUUGUACGCUGCGCCGUUUGCAGUGGAGUACGCUACCAUUUCGUUUCCUGUUAUAUUCCACAUUAUAUACGUACCACUUCGGUUUAUGUGCUGGUGUGCUGCUUCGGUUCCUAGCGAGGUUUGUGAGAUUGUGCGAGUAGCAAUGUGAUAUGCUGUUCUGCAGAAUAACUUCGACUUCUUGUCUACAUGUGAAAUAUUAUUAUCUUGUACAUUUUUACCAAUCUAGCAUGCUCAUUUUUGUUUUAUGUGCA